UUUCCAAAGUUACAUACUAAAUACUCAACACUCAUAACUAUUAGGAUAUUUCAGGUAGCUGUAAUAUCUGAUACAAAUCUAUAGUUCCCUGAAAUAUAGUAGUUUCCUGAUUUCUAGGAACACAGUUUCUUAAUUUCCUCAAAUAUCCAAUUAAUAACUAUUACCAAGCUCGCUUUUCUUCUCCCUUUGAAUUCAAGACUCCAAUCCUCUCCUUCGUCACUUCCCCAUCUCAUAAGCUACCUAUAGCCAUAAACACAACCUUUAACAUCUCCAAAGGCUUUCUUGUGUUCAUGGUAAUCAAAAUCAAAGUACAUUUUCUCAACUCAUCUGUUUAAUUUCUCUCUCUCUCUCUCUCUGGUAUGAAGAAGCUCUGUCCCAAUCUUACUCGCGAGGAUGGGCUCGAAACGGUGCUGGAGGUUCCUAUUCCAGAGGAGAUUUUCACCAUCAAAAGUGGAACCAGCAGAGCUUGGCAUAACAUGAAGUCAUGGAUGAAGCCAAAUGUUGAAUCUUCAAGAUCAUCAUCACUCUUUGGAGGCCAAAACACAGAUAUCCAACUAUUGCUUGGUGUUGUUGGAGCGCCAUUGAUCCCUCUCCCUAUAACCUCUCACAACCAACCUAUCACCAUUAAAUCCCAUAACACUGAGGCUUCGAUGGCGAAAUACAUAGUGAAACAGUACGUGGCGGCUGUGGGAGGAGAGAGUGCUUUGAAUUCGGUGGAAAGCAUGUAUGCAAUGGGGGAGGUGAGAGUAGGGUCAGAGUUUUCAGCAGGGGAAGAAUGUGUGAGUAGCAAGAAGAUGGGGAAGGUAAAGAAGGUGCAGAUGAAAGGGGAAUUGGGAGGGUUUGUUGUGUGGCAGAAGAAGCCAGAACUGUGGUGUUUGGAACUGGUUGUUUCUGGGUACAAAAUCAGUGCCGGGAGUGAUGGGAAAGUGGCAUGGAGGCAAACACCUUUCCACCAUUCUCAUGCUUCUCGUGGCCCACCAAGACCACUUAGGCGUUUACUUCAGGGUCUUGAUCCAAGGUCUACGGGCAAUUUGUUCAACAACUCCAUAUGCAUAGGAGAGAAGACAGUGAAUAAUGAAGAAUGUUUCAUAUUGAAACUUGAAGCCGAUUCCAAUUCACUUCGAACAAGAAGUAGCAGCAACGUAGAGAUUAUUCGCCACACGGUGUGGGGCUACUUCAGCCAGAGAACAGGCCUUUUGGUCCAAUUAGAAGACUCUCACUUGCUCAAACUCAAAUCCAAUGCAAGUGAUGCCAUAUUUUGGGAAACCAACAUGGAGUCCCUAAUACAAGACUACAGAACUGUAGAUGGCAUUAACAUAGCACACGGGGGGAAGACUUGGGUCGCAUUGUCAAGGUUUGGUGAAGGCCCUGAGAGCCAUUCUAGGACAAGAAUAAAAGAGGUUUGGCAAAUUGAAGAAGUGGAUUUUAACAUCAAAGGGUUGUCCAUGGAUUGCUUCCUACCACCUCGUGAUUUGAUGAGAGAUGAAGAAAAAAGGGUAGAAGAGUGCCGGGUGGUUGCAAGCAAUUCAAAGUUGCCCUAUAAAAUUCAAUCUGCUUCUUCUUUUAAGAUUAGUGUUUCCAAAGUAGCUGCCGUUAACGUGGAUGAUUCAAGUGCUAGUGAAACUGAUGAUGAGGAUGUGUAAAUCUUUACCUUACAUUUUCUAAGACCAUCCAUCCCAUUUGUGGGGCUUGGUCAUGCUUGUAGGGAAUAUAUGGUAUUUGCUAAAUAGCUUAAUUCCUUUACUUCAAGGUGAUUUUCUUUCAACAAAUA